UGUGUUUUGUUCAUUCGUCUGUUGAAUUCUGAACGCUACGGUUCGCUCACUCGGGCUCCUCUAGCAGCCGCAUCAAGUGAAAUAAAAGAGAAAGAAAAAACUUUAUAAGAAGCCCCUAUAGCUUGUGUAAAUCAAAAGUGCUAACACCGAUUUAGAUAAGUGAUAAGGCGGACAUCAACUGAAAGAGAAAUUAAAAAUUUAAAAAAAAAAGACUCCAGUGCCCCUGCAACAACUGUUUGUGCAGGUGCCAAAGAUAGUGUGAGCAAGUGCAAAGUGCAUCUAAGUACAAAAAAGAAAAAUAAUUUGCCACCCACACAAACACACAAUGGACAUGGAUACGUUGCUGCUGCCAUCGCCGCCUGCAACGCCCCCGCUACGGGAUAACAAAGUAGAAAAUGCCGCUAAGGACAAACAACUGGUCAAGGAGAAUCUGCUAAAGGCCAAGCUAAAGUUGGUCGCAAAUCAGCAAAGCCAAAAGAAUGGCAUCAUUACGCCCAAUCCCUCGGACACCGAGGACGAUACCGCCGACGUGCGGCCAUGCAAGAAGGCGCGCCUAGAACAGCCAGCGGUAACAUUGACGCCUCCGCCAGAUCAGCAGCAACAGCUUAAGUCGGAGCACGAACAGGAUGCAGAUGCACUGGCUCAACGUGUGAGCGUUAUAAUGCGUGUGAAUAGCCUGGGCACCGUCAGCUCAUCCAAUGAGAACAGUUCCAGCUCCAGCUGUUCGGCUGUUAGCGAUAUGAAUGCCGCACUCGCCACUCCUAUUUCCGAUGACUACCCCGAGGAGAACGUUUGGCGUAAUCUCAAAUACAAAAUGAAUCGCAAACGUGCCGCCGAGGUGGCAUUGCCCACACCCGCUUCAACAGCAACAGCAACAGCUACAGCUACAGAACAGCUGCCCUUGGCCACAUAUGCUACAACAGCUUGUCCUGCCUACACAGCAGCGCCUGCUCCUGAUUCACAGCUGCUGAUCCUGAGCAACGUGGCAGCCGCUGCAGCCGCCGCUAUUGUGCCAGCGCAUUGUCAGUCUUCAUCCUCGAGUUCCUCAUCUACAUGCUCCUCUUCCUCAUCCUGCUCUUCGGCAGGCAAACGCAUUACGGCCGCCCAGGCAGCAGCUACACGCAGCCGCAUCUACGAGUGCAGCUUUCCGGAUUGCGGCAAGAACUACUUCAAGAGCAGCCAUCUGAAAGCCCAUCAGCGCGUCCAUACGGGUGAGCGUCCAUUUAUCUGCAAGUGGGACAACUGCGACAAGCGCUUCUCCCGCUCCGAUGAGCUCUCACGGCACAAGCGAACACACACCGGCGAAAAGAAGUUCCAGUGCGGCGUCUGCUCCAAGAAGUUCAUGCGCAGCGAUCAUCUGUCCAAGCACGUGAAACGCCACAACAAGGACAAGGCGAACGGUGUUAAUCGCAAUGUGACCUUCGCCUCAACAGCCGCCGAGGUAGCAGCCGCUGCGGCAGUCAUGUGUGAGCCCACGCUGCAGCUGCGGGCCAUCGCACCAGCCACCGCCAGCUCCAGCUCCAGCUCCGCCUCAAGUUCAGUACAAACGCCCGCCACAUCCAGCCACUCAUCCAACAGUUUGCACAUCUACAGCGCGCAGGAUUUGCUGCGACUGCAGCAGCAAGCGUCCACAUUCGUGGGUACCUUUGCCUGCCGAUAGGCAAUCCAACCACAAUCUCAUCUCGACACAGUAUGACCAGCUCAAUCAAGCUAACUCUGGAGCAGAUCCACAUGCGGGCCAGCUGGCGUAGUCUUAAGUCUAGUUAGGAGCUACUUCUUGUCAUCGUUAUGUUAGGAGUCACACACAAGUUAUACCCAUAUUAGCAAAUGGAUAUGCCUCACACACAUUCACACUCACACGUUUUCAUCCACACACACAUUUUAGUUUAGAGCUCUUCUGAUUAUACCUAGUGCAUACACUCUAUAUACAUAUAUAGCUACAAAAUCUGUGAUACUUAAGUUUUCUUAACACUUUUUCUAUUGUACAAUAAUUAUCGCUGCUAAAAUUUUUAUUCUGAACAAAAUUGUAUUUAUUGCUACAUG